AUGUCUUCUACUUCCACUUCCACUUCUUCUUCCUCUUCCUCUUCCUCUUCUGCUGCUACUGCACUAAUCCACGUGCACUUCCCAAUGUCUGCGGCGGAAAUCCGUAUGUGCACGCAGGACCUGCUCCAGGAAAUCACGGACUUUAUCGAGCACAAAGUGGAGCUCGAAGUGGCCGACGUGAAGCUGCCCGUCUUCUACGCGACCGCCUUCAACUUCCUCAAAUCGAAGGCCAAUGAGAUCGGCCACCGGGAUCCGGUGCUCGAGUUUCUGCCGCACGCCGUCGAGAUGCUCCUGUUCACAGAGGUCGGUCCCCCGCCCGCCGGCACCCUGCCCGUCCGCUCCGACCAAGGACUGCUCGUCGACCCGACCGCCACCGGCAACCUCGUCGCCGACUCGCACAACUUGAUCGUCGACGUGCUCGACUACUGCGAGAACCACUACCGCAUCAACCGCGCGCUUCCGAAGCUUCCGUUCGGCUACCAGCUGACCAUCAGCGGCCUCCAGACCAAGUACUGCAACGAUCCGGAGAGCUACCGCGUGGUUCACGAGAUCCCCAAGGAGAUCCAGAAGUGCCUCAACUUCUCGCUCGAGGGAGUCGUGCCCAAUAACUACGUCCAGGAUAAUGAUUGA